AUGGUCAUAGGAGAUUGUACACACUGUAACACACCAUAUAGCGGCUACGAUAAACGAUGUGUUUCAACGGAUUGAAGUCUUUUCUGUACUUCUGUUUUUCAGGAAGGUCGCAUUUAGUUGGCCCAUGGAAACAAGGCAAACAAGUGAACUGAUUUUGAACGGUCAGAAAAACCCGCCAAAGCACGAGUUCCAUAGUUAAUGGCUUACCAUCACAUCCCUCACCUUCGGUUAAUAAGGCUCUGCACUUUUCCAUCAAUACCUCUGUGCAAAACUCCAUUAGUUUGUAUAUUUUGUACUCUUGUGCCAACCCAAAGAACACCCAUAAGGUGGAAAACCUUUUCCCACAUUUUUCAAGAGUGCUCGGAUCGACAAGCUUUGAAUCCCGGCAAACAAUCCCAUGCUCGCAUGCUCGUUACUGGGUUUCAGCCCACCGUCUUUGUUACGAAUUGUUUAGUGCAAAUGUAUGUGAAAUGUCGUAAUUUGGAAUAUGCUUCUAAUGUGUUUGAUAGAAUGGGGCAACGAGACACAGUCUCCUGGAACACGAUGAUUUUUGGGUAUGCAGGAUGUGAGAAAAUGGGUAUUGCGCAGUCGUUUUUUGAUAGAAUGCCUCAAAGAGAUGUGGUGUCUUGGAAUUCUUUGAUCUCAGGGUACUUGCAGAAUGGUGAUUAUCCGGAGUCGAUUGAUAUAUUUGUGAAGAUGGGGAGAACGGGGAUGGUGUUCGACCGUACUACAUUUGCAGUUUCUUUGAAAGCAUGUUCCGUUACAGAAGACGUUGACUUGGGGGUUCAGAUUCAUGGAAAUGCAGUGAGGAGAGGUUUCGAUAAUGACGUGGUAACAGGAAGUGCUCUAGUAGAUAUGUAUGCCAAAUGUAAGAAAUUAGAUGAUUCUCUUCAGGUUUUCCAUGAAAUGACCGAAAAGAAUUUGGUUUCUUGGAGCGCUAUUAUUGCAGGCUGUGUUCAGAAUGAUCAGUUCAUUAAGGGCUUAGAACUGUUCAAGAAGAUGCUGAAGGUGGGAAUCAAAGUUAGUCAAUCUAUUUAUGCUAGUCUUUUCAGGUCCUGUGCAGGGUUAUCUGCAUUUAGGUUAGGCACUCAGAUGCAUGGACACGCCUUAAAGACUGACUUUGGAUUUGAUGUCAUUGUGGGAACUGCCACUAUGGAUAUGUAUGCAAAAUGUGACAGCAUGCUUGAAGCUCGAAAGUUAUUUAACUCAUUGCCAAACCAUAAUUUGCAAUCUUACAAUGCCAUUAUUGUUGGUUAUGCUCGAUGCAAUCAAGGUUUCAAAGCUUUGGAGCUAUUUCGGCUUUUGCAGAAAUCUGGCCUUGGUUUUGACGAGAUAAGUGUAUCUGCUGCAUUUAGCGCAUGUGCAGCAAUCCAAGGAAAUUUGGAGGGGCUUCAACUACAUGGAUUAUCAGUUAAGAAUUGUUUGAGGACAAAUAUUUGUGUGACAAAUGCCAUGUUGGACAUGUAUGGUAAAUGUGGAGGUCUCUUUGAAGCUUGUUGUGUGUUUGAUGAGAUGGGAAGAAGAGAUGCUGUGUCUUGGAAUGCAAUUAUUGCAGCUCAUGAGCAGAAUGAAAAUGAAGAGGAAACACUUUCACUCUUUGUUUCAAUGCUCCAAUCAAGAAUGGAACCUGAUGAGUUCACUUAUGGCAGUGUUUUAAAAGCUUGUGCUGGUCAGCAAGCUUUAAACUAUGGCAUGGAGAUCCAUAACAGAAUAAUCAAAUCCAGAAUGGGGCUGGACUUGUUUGUUGGAAGUGCCCUUGUGGAUAUGUACUGCAAGUGCGGAAUGAUGGAAGAGGCGGAAAAGAUCCAUUACAGAAUACAAGAACCAACGAUGGUUUCUUGGAAUGCCAUAAUUUCUGGAUUCUCAAUGCAAAAGCAAAGUGAGAGUGCUCAGAGAUUUUUCUCCCAGAUGUUGGAGAAGGGUAUAAACCCAGAUAACUUUACUUAUGCAACAAUUCUUGACACUUGUGCUAAUUUGGCUACCAUUGGACUUGGGAAGCAAAUUCAUGCUCAAAUCCUUAAGCUGGAAUUGCAAUCAGAUGUGUAUAUAACUAGCACUCUCGUCGAUAUGUACUCAAAAUGUGGAAACAUGCAAGACUCCCAAUUAAUGUUUGAGAAAGCACCUAGGCGAGAUUCUGUGACAUGGAAUGCCAUGAUUUGUGGCUACGCUUACCAUGGUCUUGGAGAAGAGGCCCUUAUGACUUUUGAGAAUAUGCAGCUUGAAAAUGUGAGACCAAACCAUGCUACUUUUGUUUCAGUUCUCCGAGCUUGUGCACACAUUGGGCAUGCUGAGAAAGGGUGGCAUUACUUCCAUGCUAUGCUGAGUGGCUAUGGUUUAGAUCCUCAGUUGGAGCAUUAUACAUGUAUGGUUGAUAUAUUAGGGAGGUCAGGUGAAGUUAAUGAGGCUUUGAAGCUUAUUCAUGAGAUGCCUUUUGAAGCUGAUGCUGUUAUUUGGAGAACUGUGCUCAGUAUUUGCAAGAUCCAUGGGAAUGUAGAGGUGGCAGAGACAGCGGCAAAUUCUAUCCUGCAAUUAGAACCUCAAGACUCUGCUGCUUAUGUCCUUCUGUCAAAUAUCUAUGCUGAUGCAGGUAUGUGGGGUGAGGUAACUGAGAUGAGAAAAAUAAUGAGGUACAAUUAUUUAAAAAAGGAACCGGGUUGUAGUUGGAUCGAGGUAAAAGAGGAGGUUCACACAUUUCUUGUUGGUGACAAGGCUCAUCCUAGAUGCAAAGAGAUAUAUGAGAAGCUUGAUGUGCUAAUCGGUGAGAUGAAGUGGGAUGGGUACGUUCCAGAUUUUGAUUUUGUGCUUGAUGAGGAGAUUGAGGAACUGCAAGAGCAAGAAGAGCUCAGAUCUUUCAUGUGUGUUAUGUAGUUGACAACCAUGUGAAGAGCAUGGGAUUUUUUCAAUGACUUUUCCAUGAUUGCAAUUUGGAAUAAGUUGGGAAAGGAAUAUAGAAGAGUUGGACACAAAUCCGGCAUCAGAAUUAGCAAGACUAGGGUAUUUGGUAAAUUUACUGAUUUGUGGGAAGACCAUACAGCUAGGAAAUGAUAGAUACUGAGUUAUAAGAAUGGCAUGAAUUGAUUAUGCCGGAAUAAGAAGAAUCCAGUCUUUGGAAAAACUGGCCAUGUGGUAAUGAUUAUUCCCUGACCAGGUUUGUACACUACUCAAAUAUCUUUCUAUUCCCCAAUUUAGUGGAGAAAUCUUUUUCUCUAUUGUGACAGACCAAUUGGGAGCAAUCCACAUAUUGGCAAACCACCGGUGGACAUUCCCACCAAACUCAACAACAAUCCAUACAAUGAAGAGGACCACCAGCAAUCCACAACCAGAAAAUGGCCAAUACCUGCUUAUGAAGGCGUUCUCUUUCAAUUGCCAGUUGCAUGACCAAAUCCGUAAUAACUUUGGUCCGGAUACCAAAUGUCCUUUGCAGUUGCCUUUUUCAUUUCCUUUGCUUGAUACAAAGAUGCCUCCAAGCAUUCCAGUCUGCCCCUCAAAAGUUCAGUUCCACUUUUAGCUCCUCAUUACAUUUGGAUAAUAUGAUAUACUUCUCCUCAGCACGAUCAGCCCGACUUUCAGCUUUUGAAACUUUCUACUUCAGAUCCUUUAUCAAAUUCUCCAUGUCCCCAAUUGCAGAAUACAACAUGCUUUGCUUCUCCUGACUUAGCUUCAGCAGAUGCCACUGCAUGCUGUAGCCGAAUAUCAGAUUCCCUCAACAGCCUCCCAACACUACAUUGCCACGAAGAAGGACAAAUUCUUGGCUGUUUUUAUGAUAAGACGUCCUAGCAGUAGUCUUCUCAAACCUGAUGGCGUAUGCCUUAGCUUGAUAAAUUAAAGAAGAAUACAUCUCCCCGUGAAUGAUCUCUCAUGUCACUCCUAGCCUCCAUCUGAAGACAUGCCCAAGCUUACGAGAGGAAGCUAGGAACCCUAGUCCCUAUGGUGGCCUGGACCAUUUGGAGGCCAAUCAGAAAACAACCAGGGUUUUCUUUCUAUAAGGGUACGUUCGAGGAUAAAGACGACAUACUACUUGUUGUGAAACUGAAAAAUCUAGAGGUGGCUGAACGGAGGCCAAUAGACAUGUCCUCAAACCCAACGAUUACCGUUGAUAUAGUUGGUGAUGAUCAUCAAGUACUUCAAUUUUUUGUUCUUGUUUUGUAAUUUGUAUAUAGAUCGUAUUUUAUAAUCUGAGCCACUUUGUUCAUAUCUAUGAUAGAAGUUGAUUGUAUGUUUGUUGAAA